AAAGGGAAAAAGCUUAGAGAUGAAGCAACAAUGGAAGAGUUUUUGAGAAAAGUGUUAUUGCCAUUAUUAUGAUAACCAAGGGAUGUCUAGAAGAGAUGGGGAAGCAGCCUCCAUCAUACGAAGACCUAGUAGACCGGGAGGCGGCGAUGAUCUUAUGCUCUAUACUCCACGAGCCCACUGAAGAAAUAGAGGGAGACAGUGGCAACGAAUUGGCACAACCUGAAGAGGACUUGUUGCAACUCCAAGUCACAGCUGUGGAUAAUGAAGCAAUCAAACGGCUGGAAGCGAUGGGAUUCGAGAGAAGGUUGGUGUUGGAGGCGUUCUUCGCUUGCAACAAGAACGAACAGUUGGCUGCAAACUAUCUUCUCGAUCACAUCCAAUAAUAACAUCCACUCUAAAUCAAACUUGAGUGUUUUUUUUUCUUUUGGGGUCCUUAAGUGGUUACAUGUUAUGGACAAUCAAAUGUCUUGUUAUGGUUACUUUUUGCUGUUUUACAUAGUUGGGGUGAUUGAUUUGUAAUUGUACCUACCUUUCGUUACAAAACUGAAGUUUUUACAUAUAACUCACUA